UUUAGUUUCAAAUUUUCAACGAACACUAUUAGCCUCAAGGCCCUCAACGGUUCAAAUACCCCACUCUACCACUCACUCACCCACCGUCGAGCGUCACCACCGGACUACCACCAUCCACCGCCGGACGCCGACGCCUAAUGGCCUUCUCCAUCAUUUUUUGGACCAUUUCUCUUCUUCUUUAAGGGGGACAUGGUGAAGGGGAAUUCUAUCUGCAAUCACAAAUUGUUGGAUCAGUAAUCAAACUUAAUGGUUGCUCAGCUACAUUUUUGAAGUGUUGAAAAAGAAGGAUCCAAGUUAGCCUUACUUGAAAUGGAUAGCUUCCAGGAUACUAACAAGGAUAAAAUACAUGCACUUUUGUUGGCUAUUUAUAAGACAAAAUUUGUAAAGAAUGACAAUGUUCCAUGUGAAAUUGAAGAGGGUCUUUUCUUGGGGUCUCUUGGUGCAGCAAACAAUAAAGAUGCAUUGAAAAGACAAAAUAUUACUCACAUCCUAAUUGUGGCUGGUUCAAUUCCCCCUUUUCAUCCUCGCGACUUCACUUAUAAAGUCAUUGAAGUGGCGGACAGUGAAGAUAUUGAUCUAGCUCAGUACUUUGAUGAAUGUAUUGAUUUCAUUGAUGAAGCUAAAAACUCUGGUGGUGGAGUUUUGGUUCACUGCUUUGCGGGGAGAUCAAGAAGUGUCACUAUUGUUCUUGCUUAUUUGAUUAACAAGCGUGGGAUGACUCUAUCUCAAGCUCUCGAAUAUGUAAGAAGCAAAAGGCCUCAGGCAUCACCUAAUGGUGGCUUCAUAAGGCAACUUAAGAAUUAUGAACGAUUUCUUCGAGGGGUCGCCAAGGAGAACUUGAAGGCUAAAAAUCCAGACCUCAUGAAGAAAUUUAGCGUCAUGAGAUUCGCUCAAGCGGCCAACCAAAGGGCCGCGGAGAAGCCUUUGCCUCUUCCUCCUAAGGAUUCCGCGACGGCUGAAAAGGGGCUGGACGGGGUGCCUAGCGAAGGGGAGGCUCUCAGGCUUCUCGAAGAGAGAAGGAGGGUUCACAUUCCUGAUGAAUCUAAGAGGGCGAUCCCUCCUAAGAAGAAGGAAGUGAAGAAGAAGGAGAGGAAGAGGAAGAGAGACUCUUCCCCCGCAGAGAGUGCCACGAAAAAGGCCUCCAUGGACACUAUAAGGACUGUCGUGCCUCUACAGAUGAGGUCUGCAGAGGGGGAGGUGUCUACUCCUCAAGGUAAUGCAGUGCCUGUCUCCAGCAAGGGCAAGGAGAAGGUGGGAGAGUCGGCGACGACUCCUGAUUCGCACGUCGGAGAGGUAUAUCGUCACCGGGAAGUCUUGCCUUUCCGGCACGAUACCCUUUUUACUGAUCUGGGUCAUAAGGGUAUGAUAACCAGGUUCAACAGGGCGUCAUCCCAUUUGAUCAGCAAGGUGGAUGUCGAUCAUUUGGAGUCCUUGUCUCCCUGCGACAGAGUGCGUCAAUUCCAAGCUUCCGUAACUGAGACUUUUCUAAGGUUAUCCUUCGAGCUAAACUUGGCGGCCCUGACCUCCCGGUGCGAUGAUCAGAAUGAAGAGCUCAAGAAGCUCCGAGAGGAUCUUGGCGAACUGCCGAGCUUAAAGGAAAAACUGGCUAAGUGCGCUGAACUGAAGGAGCGCUUAGUCAAAACUGAACAAUGGCGGGAGAAGGCCAAGAAGCAGUUGGAGGGGACCAUCGGGAGCUUGGACGCGGCCUCUAGUUUGUCUGCCACUCUCGGCCAUGAGACGAGGCGCCUGAUGGACAUUCACGCUAGGCUGGUAUAUCAAAAUCAGUCUCUCAUGCAUCAGGUGUCAGAUGAUCUGGCUAAGUUCCAGACCUUGUUAUCCGCGGCUAAAGUGUACAAACUACGCUCGGAAAGACGAGCCAAGAUAGCUAGGGAUUGGCUGACCUCGGAUGAGCCAGAAGCGUCUAGUUUCUUGGGGGAUCUAACGGCGGAGAUGAUGGACGCCGGCUUUAGGAUCAGUGAUGAGAAAUACCGUCUGGCUGCCGCGGAGUUAGGCAUCAACUUCGAUUCUCUCCAGCAAAUGGCUAAUCAAAAGGGAGACGAGGCUUUGACCAACCUAGCUUCGGUUUUGGAACGAGAGUCAGCGGUGCUGGUCGAUCCUAGUUGGGACGUGGAGGAGGAGAGGGCUUGGUCGGAGAAAGUUGAUAUGGAAGCUGAAAAGGAGGCAUUAUGCCUCGACUUAGACAAGCUAGCUCUAUCUCCUCCUUCGGCCCCAGAUGUCCCUGAGAGCUUGGCGCUCUCUAAGCUGGAGAGUUUGUGUUUAGACUUAUCGAAUUUAAUAAUUGAUGAAGGGAAAAACCUCCAGGGCUUGUCUAAAAAAUUGUCUGAGAUCGAAGUGGAGCCGUUUAAUAUUGAAGAUUUUGUAAGCUUCACUCCGAGUCUCGACGAGGGAGUGGCCAGGACUCCACAGCUGCCGCCUCAAGAUCCUGAAGGGGAUGUCGACGCCUUCUUGAAUGAUGUAUGAACAUUUUAUAAUUUGAACUGUAAUUUGAUGGAUUGUAAUUUUAUCUAAAUUGGAGUUUGAACAUUCGGACCUUGUAAUUUGAAUGACGAUUUGUUAGUUUACAUAUUUAUGACUGAUGAUUUUUGAUGUUUUAAA